AUUCCAGAUGCUAAGUUCGCUCACCCACAAGGAAAAGAGCAAUGGCAUGAGAUCGUUAAGUACGCAGAGAAAGUGGGGGCGGGGCUUAUCGUGAUUGGCAGUAGAGGACAAGGCAAGCUUAAAAGAACAUUCAUGGGAAGUGUCAGCGACAGUGUCUUGCACCACUCACCUGUUCCUGUUUUGGUGUGUAGGAAAAAGGAGGACAACCCUAUACAACCAAGUCAUUGA